GCUCGUGUAUCUGGCUCCGCUGCACGCGUGUCCGUGAACGUGCGUGCGUGUGUGUGCGCGCACGAGCUCACUGUGGCUCCACCUCAUACCCCGGGAGGCGCAGAGACCGGAGUCGAGCGCAGCUUUGCCAUUUGCACAGGCAGCCUUCAGAACGAGUUUGCAAGAACAGGACUGGCAAGCGGGCAGGCAGGCUGGCUGAGUGGCACAGACACCAUCUCGGUGCAGGAAUCGUCUGGGAAGGACGCUCUUGAGCCGAAAAUCUUCAUUUGAGACAACACGGACUCACUGCCUGGAGAAGCAUCCUUGAUCUUCGGGUUACCUGCUACGGUGUUGGCACAUUGGGAAUUAAGAUGGCCUCAGUGGACUCGCGCUUUGGCCACAAGGACUCCUCGGACCAGAACUUUGACUACAUGUUCAAGCUGCUGAUCAUCGGGAACAGCAGUGUGGGAAAGACCAGCUUCCUCUUCCGCUAUGCUGAUGACUCUUUUAGCAACUCUUUUGUCAGCACGGUGGGCAUCGACUUCAAGGUCAAGACCGUCUACCGGAAUGACAAGAGGGUGAAGCUGCAGAUUUGGGACACCGCUGGACAAGAACGAUACAGGACCAUCACCACUGCUUACUACAGGGGAGCCAUGGGUUUUAUCCUUAUGUAUGAUAUCUGCAAUGAGGAGUCCUUUAAUGCAGUCCAGGACUGGGCAACUCAAAUCAAGACCUACUCGUGGGACAAUGCUCAAGUGAUCUUGGUGGGGAACAAGUGUGACAUGGAUGAUGAGAGGGUGGUGGCUGCCGAGAAAGGGAAGCAGCUGGCUGACCAGUUAGGUUUUGAAUUCUUUGAGGCGAGCGCCAAGGAGAAUAUCAAUGUGAGGCAGGUGUUUGAACGCUUGGUGGACAUUAUCUGCAUGAAAAUGUCUGAGAGCACCGAGACUGAUCCUGCAAUGGUUAGUGGAACCAAGAACACCCGGCUGACCGAUAACCCACCACCCAUGCAACAGAAUUGCUCCUGCUAGUGAUGUGCACUCACCUUUGACCUGUAAACCUUAAUCGUGUUGUCCACCCCCUCCCCUUUCUUUCUUUUUUUAUUUUUCUUUUGAAAAGAAGGAGGCUGGGAAUUGUGCAACCCCCCCUGUGGUCCCAGUAUAUGUAGCUCAACAGAA